AUGGCACCUGUAGCUGGCGCUGGAUCUUAUGCUGCUGAGAAGCGCAAACAGCUUGGCGGCAAGUCUGGCAUUGCCGGCUUGAUGCAGAACAAGAAAGUCUUUGGGCUUACUGUCUUUGCUUCAAUGGGAGGACUGCUCUACGGCACGUUUCGCUAA